AUGGCCCCUGAUGAUGACACGAAAUCAACCCCUCUUCCUCCUUCACGUUACUACUUCGUUUUGACUUUUGUUAAAAUCAGUAACAACAGAAAGGCGACUUCGCCUGAUCCAAUCAGCAUCAAUAACAGCGUGUCCACAUCAACUACAACCACCACAACGUCACCCCUGUUCAAAACAAGCCCCCUAUCGAAAGAUUUGACCAGGGCCAUACUAUCUCAGCUUUCGAUCCUAAUAACAGAGCUAAACAAGGACAAUUGUAUCCAGAUCAUCCACCAGAUACAUACUAUCCUCGACAAACACCAAGAAAUCUUUCCUAUUUUUCUCAGAAGAUUAAUCAACCAGAUAUCCACUGAAAUAGUAGAGGACAAGAGCAUCGACUACCAGCACUCUUACACUCACAAGGUCCUAAAACACGAGCUAAACUACCUCACACUAGUAGAAUUAGAAAAAGUCUCGUUUAUAUCCCAGGCUUUACUAGUUCCAGAAUCUCAGUUCCUGAUCUUCACUCUUGACAAGUUUCUAUCUUUCUUCAAUUUAACCGAAUUUCAAUCCUUAUUGAUUUCCCUUUCUAUUGAACAGUUCAUUCUAAACAACCAUCUAGAAGAGAAAUACAGCUCUUUACUCGAAGAUUUACCUACUAUUUACGUUAAGCUUUCAUCCGGCGUCGUCCAGUGGUUAGAUUUAUUAGAAAGUUCGAAAUCCUCAACAAGAGACAAUCUAGCGACAUUCUUAAGACUUUUUCUAAGCUCAAAAGUUUUUUCUGCACCUCACAAAUUCAUUGUAUUAUCACAUAUCUCGGAAAGUUUCAAGAAAACAGGUACCGUUCCUGAAAAAUUACCUUACCAGACCAAAUUUGAAAAAGUCAACACAGUCAUCAAUCAAUUCUUAGAUACAGUGAAAAAGAUGAAUUAUAAAGAUUUAAUAUUGGAAUUCUGCAACACAAAAUCUUCCCCAGACAAACUACUAUCAGAUUUGCUGGCAAUUCAACCUGAAAGUAAUUUGACAGAUUCGGUCGUAAUCUUAUUAUCUGAAACGCUUUAUCCAGGGUCCCAGAGAAGUACUAUAGACAAAAGCAAUGAACCAAGCACCGGCUCUUUACUUACUGCAACCAGCCUACCUGAGGCUACCGCUAGAGGUGCUAGGAUGUUGCAGGUGAUCAAUAGAGUUAAAAGCCAAGUCGACUGGGAUGCAUCUUUCGAUAAAAUACUCCAGAUGUUUGAUUCAACAAGAUACACAAUCACUAAUAUAUCAUUGUCACAAUUUUUUGCCUCCAUACAAACCGAUAAUCUCAUUGAUAAUUUCUUGAGCAAACUUUGUAAGUUCUCGAAUGUUCAGCUUUUGACUCAGGUUUUUGUCCAGUUGAACAACCUGGAUCCUAACGCAGGAGCAAUCGAUCUGUUCAGCCUCGAAUUGACUCCAAUUUUGCAGACGGAAUCAAACGUGAGACAUUUAUUGCUGUAUUACAAAUAUAUUGUUAUGCUUGAGAUAAAAACAGUCGCUUUAUUAAGCUUCUCAAGGCUAAAUGAUAAUAUCGUUUCUCAAAUUUUUAACAAAGAUUUGAGAGCUGCUUCAGAGUAUAUGAUUUUAGCAUGUUUACACCUUUUGCAUGAUAAUCCAAAUGGAGAGGAAAAUGAGAUCAUCAUAAACAUCAUGCAAAACUUCUUCAUCAAUUUGCUAGAUAUAAACUCCCCAUAUUUGAGUGCAAUUUUUGCUUUAUUCGAGGAGUAUAAUGCCAAGGAGUUUGGUAAGCUACUACUCAAAUACUUGGAGUUAAGAAAGAACCAAGAAUCAAUACAUAAAAUUGCAAGUUUAACAGCUUCUUUCAAAGACGAUACUGUCAUCAUUUCAAUUUUGCAAAAUUGCUCUGAUUUCCAAGAGGGUUUUACAAUCUCAGUUAUCUUUUCUCAAUAUGGUUGGAAAAAUUUCAAAGCAUUCAUUGAUAAACAACUGGAGCUAAAUGCGAAUUUAGUAUCAGCUACGAUUGUCGACUAUCUGGAGAAACAAGCUAGAGUCGAAUAUGAAAAUGCACAACAAGGUAAAAGAGCCCUUAAAUCUCUGAAUCUUGAAACAGUUUACUUCUUACUAACUACCUUGUCAUCGGAGCAAUUACCAAAAGAGUUGUUUGAGAAGUUGAGAAACUUGCAAACUUUGUGUUUACAAGCUUAUCCAAGAUUAAUCAAUUUCGGGCAAGGCCACGAUGCCGCUAUUUUGAUGAAUAGUUCCACCAACACUUUCUCAGUCGGCGUGGAAAAGGAGAUGAAGUUAUACUACCAGAAAAUGUAUAAGAAGGAAAUAGAAAUUAAAGACGUUGUUCACAUGCUUCAAAGGUUGAAAAACUCAGAUAACCCUCAUGACCAAGAUGUUUUUGCAUGCAUGAUCCAUUCUUUAUUAGAUGAAUACAGAUUUUUCCCCGAAUACCCUGUUGAUGCAUUAGCAACUACUUCAGUAUUAUUCGGUAACACAAUUGUUUCAAAACUACUUGAAGGUUCUGCGCUCUCUAUUGCGUUGCGUUAUAUUUUAGAAUCGGCCAGAGAACCGGCUCAAAGCAAAAUGUUCAAGUUUGCCAUUCAGGCAUUGUAUUCAUUCAUGAAGAGACUUCCUGAAUUUCCAAAAUUCUGUUCAAUGCUUUGCGAAAUUCCAGCAUUAAAAAGUCAACCUGAAUUGCUUGACGUAUGUCAAAAUAUUGCAUCAGGUAAAAUUGUGCCCGCAGCAAGUGACUCUCCACAGGUGUCAGACAAGAAUUUGAAAAAUAAUGCUCUAGAUGAUGAUCCAGUAUUGGUCUCAAAGUACGUUUCCAUUGCUAUUCCGGAGUUAACUUAUGGCAUUGUAACUCAGGAGCUUCCACCUAAUGAGGUUUCUGACCGGUUGUUGUUUAUGGUUAAUAAUGCCAGUGUAACCAACGUGGAAUCUAGAGUUAAUGAGAUGAAGGGCUUAUUGCAACCUAACCACUAUAAGUGGUUUGCUAGAUAUCUUGUUAACCAAAGGGCAAAAUUGGAACUCAACAAUCAGGAACUUUAUGCUGCUAUUGUUGAAAAACUUAACGCUCAUGAUUUCUAUACCUAUGUGUUGAUAGUGACAAUCCGACAAAUUGUGUCACUAUUGAACAAAACAUAUAGCGACCCUUCUUCAUCUGUGUCUGAUUUGACUUCCACUGAAAAAACUCAUCUGAAAAACUUGGGAGCGUGGUUGGGUAGAAUCUCAUUAUCAAAUGAUCAUCCAAUUUUACGUAAAGAUAUUGCUUUUAAGUCCUUGUUAGUAGAAGGUUAUGAUCAAAGAAAACUUGAAUACAUUGCUCCUUUUGUUUGCAAAGUUUUGGAUCACACGAAAAACUCAACUGUUUUCAAAUACCCAAAUCCAUGGUUAUUGGGCAUAUUACAAGUUUUAAAGGAAUUGUAUGACGUUGCAGACUUGAAAUUGACAUUAAAGUUUGAAAUUGAGGUUUUGUGCAAUGACUUGAAUAUUAAGUUGGAUGACAUUGAGGCUUCCACUGUAAUCAGAGCUCAUCAACCUGGUGCUUUGGAAAACUUGGUCAAUUCGCAAAAGAUUCUUGUGAACAUGGCUAAGAUGGCACUAAAUGAAAAGAAAGGAAUCCCUCCUAUUACUCCAACUGUUGAAAUGGCAAAUCUUGGAAACGCUCUGUUGCAGAGACAACAACAGCAGCAACAAUCAGCUUUACAACAGGUGCAGCAACAACGUCUUCUCAAUCGUAAUGGUCUGCAAAAUUCUCCAGCUAUAGCCAAUAUAGCUCCUUUGGCACAGCAGGCUGCAAUAUUGAAUGCACAACAGCAACAACAGCAACAGCAACAACAACAACAGCAGCAACAGCAACAACAGCAACAACAAUCUUCUCAGGCUUUUGAGAACCUGAUUGGAAAUACCAUUUUCAUAACACAUCCUGCAUUGAAACGUAUUUUGCAAUUGUCUAUCACGAAAGCAGUGAAAGAUCUUUUGCCACCUUUAGUCCAUAGAACAAACACUGUUUGUCUUGUCACGACCAAGACCUUGAUACAGAAAGAUUUUGCUUUUGAAGUAGAUGAUUUUAAGAUCAGGAAGGCUUACAUCAAUACCGUAAGAUAUUUUGCGGAAUAUUUGAUUUUAGCCUCUUCUACUGAUUUAAUUCGAGAUACCAUUCAAACCAAUGUUCAACAGUACUUACAGACGUACAUGAACUCUCUUAACACACCAGUUGAUACUUCAUUUGUUGAACAAAUACCAGUUGCAGUCAACGACAAUUUGCAAUUGGCACUUUCGAUUAUCCAAAAAGCGGCAGUUGAAAAGGCAGUCCAUGAUCUUGAUGAUGCAAUGCUUCCAGCUAUUGCUUUGCGUAGACAAUUCAAAUCAACGUCUUCAAAUCAAUUGUUCUGUGAUACGCAAAAUGCCUCCAAAUACGCUAUGACUUUACCUGAGCCAUUAGGUAUUAAGCCGGGCGGUAUUUCACAUGAGCAGUACCGUAUAUAUGACGAAUUUGGUAAGGCGAGAGGAGCUGGAGUUUCUGGCCAACCGGAAGGUUUACCUGCAAGCAAUUUCAAUAACGAAAACCCACUUGCUGGAGGAGCAGCUCCAGACGUUAAGCAAAGGCUCUUACAACAACAAUUGUUAUUGCAGCAGCAACAACAAGCGCAACAGGCACAACAGGCGCAGGCACAACAAGCUAAGCUACCAGCCCAAGUGCCUGGUACUAUUUUAGAGCAAUCAAUGAAUUUCAUUAAUCAACAUUUGGAGACUAUCAUAAAGACCAUUAACUCUAUUGACAACAAAAAUAUAAGGCUCUCAGAUAAUCUUCCUGAAACAGAACCUAUAAAGUCCUUGUUAGUCGAAGUAAUCCAAGCUUUGACAAGAUUGGGCCAACAAGAACUUUACAUGAAAUAUGCUCAAAUAGCUCUUAACACGCUAUUCGGAGUCGCUGGGCCAUCCCAAUUACUGAUUGAUUCUUUUGUUUUCAUGUUAGGGAAUAUCUGUGAUGUUUCAUCUUUUGUCGUUAGAUUUAUUACUGCAUGGUUAUUCAAUUCUGAUGAUGAACGUAAGUUAGAUGUCAAGGUACUAACCACUUUCGUCCUGGAAGGCUUUAUUUCUCUCAACGAUCUAUCAUACUCUCUAUGCAAACGUAUCGAAGCAAACAAAGACCAAAAAGUUAUUUCGUUCACCUGCGAUUUAAUUGAGGAAUUGGUUUUUGGUGAACAACCUAUUGCUUUGAGAUCUGAUUUUGUAAGAGUCAUCGAAUUGUUAGGCAGUGCAGAUGAAACCAUCCAAAGUAUGAGUAAAGUUAAAGAGUUAUUCGAGAAGUUGGCAAGCCCAGAGGGAGAUGCACUUUCCAGGUUAAAAAACGGUAUUCUGAAGACAUCCGAUGUCAAAGAUUACAUGGCUUACAUGUUUUCUGAAUGGGUUAAGCUGUAUAAAUUUUCAAGUGGCUCCGAUUUACAAAUUGCAUUCAUUGAACAGUUGGUCGGGUCAGGUAUUAUCAAUAAGCCUGAGCUUUUCACUCAAUUUUUUACUGUUGCAACCGAGAUCGCCGUUGUUUCUUUUGUGAAAGAGAAUGACAAUUUCAAGAAAUCAUCGAUUGAAACAUAUACAGCUGUUGACUCAUUAGCCAAACUAGUCGUGACAUUAAUGAUGAUUCAAAGCGACAAUGCUGGUGAUAAUCAAGUGAAGAUUGCUUUCUUGUCCAAAUUCUGUUCGGCAUUUUUAUUAGCAUUUGCGAAUGAUCAUGAAACCAACAAGGCCUCUUUCAAUGAGCGUCCAUACUUUAGAUUCUUCUCCACAUUAAUUUGCGAGCUUUCAACAUUGAAACAAAACAAAUAUGCUCCAUUCGCUUCUUCUGUUGGAGAGGUAGAAUCUCAAAAUAGACUAUUUGUCCAAAUCUAUCAAUUAUUGGCAGAUGUUUUCUUGUGUUUACAGCCUGCAGCAUUCCCCGGAUUCACAUACGCAUGGAUUUGUUUGAUUUCUCAUCGUAUGUUCAUGCCAACGAUGCUCGAACUCGAUGAUGGGGAAAACUCAUGCAGCGAGAAGUUCUCUCUUCUAUUAGUUGCGUUGUUGAGAUUUCAGAGUGGGUACGUGAAGGGUAAGAAUAUUCCUGAAUCCAUUACUGUCAUUUACAAAGGUACCUUGAGAAUUAUGUUAGUAUUGCUGCAUGAUUUCCCAGAGUUCUUGACUCAAUGGUUCAACCCAUUGAUUUGCGCUACUUCUUUGACUUUCAUCCAAUUGCGCAAUAUUAUUUUGUCGGCCGUUCCAUUUGACAUGGUUAUCCCAGAUCCAUUCCAGCAAGGGUUGAAGGUCGACAGAUUGCCGGAAAUAAGCACUGCACCUAUCGUUUCGUCUGACCCAAGUCAGCUGUUACUGAAAAAGAAUAUCAAGAAGACUGUCGACAAUUACCUGAGAAUCCCUUCAAACUCGUUGUUGAGACAGAUAUUACUUGUAUUGGAGUUGAGUGAACCUGUAAGCGAAGGUGGGAUAGGUUUCAGAAAAGUGAAGUAUGACAUCCCAUUAAUCAACUCGUUAGUCUUGUACACGGGUAUUUCGUAUGUUGAUGAGAGGCCAAAGAACAGUUUGAACUUCAAUUCCAAGUCUUCGCAGGUUUCGUUAUUGACCUCGCUGAUGCAAGAGGGAGACGUGGAGUUGCAAUUUUUGUUGCUGCAAGCUAUUUCUAACAACCUUAGAUAUCCGAAUGCACAUACUCAUUGGUUCAGUUGCGUCGUCCUCAACUUCUUCAGUUCGAAGACAUUAUGGGCUGAAAAGAAACAAGACGUGCAGCAGUUGAUCACGAGGGUGUUGUUGGAGAGGAUCAUCUGCAACAAACCACAUCCGUGGGGAUUGUUGGUUACCUUCAUUGAAUUGUUAAAAAACAAGGACUACGAAUUUUCCAGCUUGUCAUUUACCAAGCUUUCACCGGAAAUCGAAAAGUUGCUCACCACGUUGAUCACCCAUUUGGACAGCACAAAGAUGUUCAGCAGGAUACGUAACCGGUUCAAAAGAGCUUCUGAUGACGACGACGUGGACGACGACUCGGAAUUCCGUGAAAGAGUGGCGAGGAAGAUCCACUCAAGGAGACCGCCCAACACUGCAUUCAGACAGCAGAGAUUGAAGUCUUGGCAGCCAGUUUUGACAGCCAAGGUAGUUCUUCCCCUUCUUUUGGUGGUGGCGGUGAUUUUCCUUCCGAUUGGGAUCGGAAUAUUUCUCACGACGUACCGGGUGCAGCUCGUGCAAAUCAACUACAGCAACUGCGAUACGCUGGCCUCGUCGGACCUUAGUGACAUCGCUAGCCGCAACUACCACUACCAUUUUAAGGGAACAAAGAAGUCAUCGGCACAGUGGUCCUACGAUGGGGACUCGAAGGUGUGCACCGUGCAGUUUGAGAUUCCCGAAGACAUCAAGGGGAACCUUUUUAUGUAUUACAAGCUGACUAACUUCUACCAAAACCACAGAAAAUACGUCGAGUCGUAUGACUGGAACCAGCUGCGAGGAGAGGCGGUGUCGUGGGAUGACCUUUCGGACAAAUGCGAGCCUAUGCGGUAUCGGGACAACAAGAUCAUCUAUCCUGCGGGCUUGGUAGCCAACUCGCUCUUCAACGAUACCUUCUCGGACCUCGUGAACGUCGACGAUCCAUCCAGGAACUACAGCUUCUCUCACCAGGGAAUCGCAUGGAAGUCCGAUCUCGGAAUAUACAAGACCAGUCAGUACAACGUUUCCGAAAUCGUUCCACCCAUCAACUGGCUCGAGCGGUAUCCCUCAGGCUACACCGCGGACGAUCUCGCCGAGAUCUCCAGCAACGAGCACCUCAUGAACUGGAUGAAGACAGCGGCUCUUCCAAGUUUCAUGAAGCUAUACGGACAGAACAAGGAGAAAGACAACGUGCUACAUGCGGGGAAGUACCAGGUCAAAAUCGGAAUGAGGUACCCCGUCACCAUCUUCGGCGGCACGAAGACGCUGAUUGUCACCACCUCGAGUGUCGUUGGCGGCAGGCACAUGGGUCUAGGCAUUUGCUACCUCGUUGCUGGCGGCCUCUCGGUUCUGUUCAUGAUCGUCUUCCUUGUCAAGCAGCUCUUGACCAGAAACAGACGGGAGCAUGCGUUUUUGGACAGCUUGAACGACGGCCAUCCGUUGAACAGCGAGUCUGGUGGCUUGAGGCAGGUCCUAUAA